UCCUUACUGUAACCAUCCCUCCUUUUCUCCUCGCAGAGACAUCCCGACCCCUCAUCCCAAUUACGCGCCAUUGAUCUUCUGACAAGGGACGCAGGGAUUUGUACUUCACUCUGCUCCGUGCUUGCGCUCGAGCAUGAGCGGUCCAGGCUCGGACCCUGGCCCGCAACACCCAUAUGCCUACUUUGGUCGUCCUCAACAGACUUCCACCGUAUCCGCGUCUACCAGUAGGCAGGGGGGCACAACGGCCAGCAGGAAUGACAGCAGACGACCAGUCGCCUUCUCGAGUGCAUCAUCACCGUCUCUGCCUGCGUCUUUCGGUAGUCCAGAAGGAGCAUUAGGCAACAAAGGUCUCACCACCGUGCCGUUCGGCCUUCCGGCUGCCUCCCUCGCCUCUGAGCAGUACUCGGACCACAGCCAGUCUCGCGGAGCCGGCUGGUCACCUGUCUCACCUUCUUCCUCAGCGGAGAGCAGACCGAGGGGCCACCGCUCUACAUCCCAAGCCUCAUCGAGCAGGCAGCCUGCCCACACAGGCGGCAUCGCAGGCUCGUCGCAUGUCUCUCCGGCGGGCUUCUAUGCAGGACGGACCAGCGCUUCGUCCUCUCGAGACUUCCUGGUCCCCAUUGGCUCGACGGGAGCUCGUCAAAAGCUCAGCAUACUCCGGCCAAAUCAGCGCAGGGUGCAUUCUGUGUCUACUGCCUCCGAUCUCAGCAGCCCACUAGGGAGUACGUCCACAUCUGUCUCUUCGUCACGGACUUCUGUGGCCUCAGGUUACACACCGCCCAGCUCGGCAAGAUCCCAAAGUCUGACGCCUUCUAAUUCCAACGAAGGAAAGAACUCUAUCUCUCAAUAUGCCAACGCUUCCAACACGACUCCUUCGCAGCUUAGUUCAAAUACCCCUCUCCGGCCGCCUAGAUCCAUCAGUCGCAAUAGCUCGUACUCCUCGCCCAUGUCUCCAUCAGCAUCCCUUGCCCGCAGAGACGCGGAUGGUACCAGCAGCGUCUCUCUGCCUGGUGCAAUGCCCGCGAUGCAGCCGCAUUCUCAGACUUCGCCUAUGCACAGCCGUGCUAGUGCGGCGAACAUCGGUUCAUAUGCAUCACCACAAUCACACCAUUAUCAGCAGGAGCACGCCAAUGCUCCCCACGCAAGCCCCUCACAGCCUCGAGUAUAUGCGGAGGCUACUAAUCCACAGCCUUCCAGCCAAAGAUACGCACAUAACAGCGCGCCCUCGGAUGUGGUUGUCAAUACCGGUACCGUCAGUCAUACUUCGACGAUCGACAGCUUGGCACACCAGAGGACAUCCUCAAACGCCAGCGGAAGAUCCUCCGAUCAAGCCUCGCUUUCCUCGAGCGCAUCUGUGAAGAGAGAUAAGAGUGCUGGUCUCAGAGAUCGUCUGGGUAAGAUGUUGUCGCCUCUUGGUGUCAACACUGGGAAAGCAGGCUCGCCGGGCACACCAAAAGGACUUGGGCCCGGAGAAGGAGGUAGCCAGCCGGGAUCUCCUCUCAGCCCUACUCCGCGACAGAUCAACGAGAGAUCCAAGACCGAAGCCAGCAUCACGUCUCCUGGUCAGCGGGAUGAUGUGGUUGUAGAUCGGGCCGAUCAACGUAUUGGCAAUGCUGGUGUCACUCAAGGGCCCACAACGAUCGUCUCGUCGACCAUGUCGUCUGGUACGGUGCCGAAAGCCCUAGGACUCGAGUCAACUGGUAGCAACGAUAGCAGCGAGCAGCAAAGUAGCAAGCCGGCUAGCUGCGAACCUCCGUAUAUGUCGUCGCCCUCUCGUAGUGGUAGCUCCACGGAUGCUGUUGUAUCCACAUCAGUGACAGGCGGCUCCACAUCGGACGAUCCACCUGAGCUCAAGUUGCAGCUUGGAGACAUGACAGAUUUGCAGUCAAUGAUACCCCAGUAUCUCAGCUUCGACGUGAGCGCUGAGUCUGAUGCGCAUACUAGUGGCGCUCGACCUGCCCCCGCACUUUCAGGAAAUCACAUAUUGCGGGUAGCCGACACGGCACACGAUAAGUCGCUGCCCCCCACUCCCGGGUCUCGAUCACCAAUGACGACUCAUCCUGCAGCAACCCCAGUGUCGCAAUCAGGCUCACGAUAUCCCGCAGAAGACCUUCGGUCAGCUGACGAAGCGAGCCGGACUGCACUCACUGAUGCUCGAAACCAUCGUUCGUCGGACACACCUCGAGCCAGUGACCAAGGCCAGACGUCCGGUCCUUCUGCUCCUCAUGUUCUGCCAAGAAAGUCGUCAUCCGCCAGCCGCGACGUCUUCGAUGACAAUGGCGAGCUUCGCACAACUCUUUUCGACUCUGGUAUCCCGUCUCCUCCGGCCACGAUCAGUGGACAGCCUCCAAGGCCCUUGCCGUCUUCGGCGCUGCCGCGCUCACUCGCAACACCCCAAGGUGUAGAGUCUGCUGGGGCUCUCGAUCAGGCAACAGCAAGUAUGUCGAGUCAUUCUCGUCCGAUUGCCAACACUUCUGGAAGCGCUUACAUUCCCAGCGAGUUACCGCGAGAUGGCAGGGGACAAAAUGCUGCAGGACAGAUCGCAUUCACCGGCGAGGCGCCCAAAACCUCUUCGCAUCGAGACUCUGCAGAUGCUGUCGAGCGUCGCACUUAUGUCCCUGCUAGCGCUCUCAAGACCACGCGCAAGGGAGCUACCGUCGGCGGGGUCGCAGUGACAAACGCACGGAGCUCUCAAAGAAGCAGUGACCCUGGAGACGUGCCCAGAGACUGGAGCACAGUUGCAUCCCCCACAGAGACAGGAAGUGCCAUGAAUCUCUCAACGGCAACCCCCGUCGGCCCGUUCUCAAUCGCUCUACCGGUGCGGCAGGAAUCGUUGAGGAACAAUCGCCACGAAAUGGAGCAGAAUGGAGCCGACGCUGUAGAGAAGGGGACCAUGCUGCCAGCAAGCGCAUGGACAGAGGUCGAGACUGCCUUGAUCCAAUUUCGUAGCCCGUCCGAUGGCUCACUUGACAAAGGCGCUCUCAUCCGUAACGUCCUACUGCCUUUCCUUGCUCUCGAAGCAGAGACUCCGAAUAUGGCUGUCGCUGAAGGCCCCUACCGCUCGCCCAAAGCCAGACGUGCCCUGUUCUUCGACUGGAUAGCCAACUUGCUUUUGGAACUGCAGCAUGUACAGACCUCUGCAGACCGAGGAGCUAUCUUGGAGAGCGUCGCUUGUAUCAUCGAGUGUCGGAACCUCUCCAUUCAUGCCCUUGCAGCUGAUAUAGUGGACGAGGGCAGAUUCAACGGUACUUUUGGUCACAUUCUCCUCUACGCUAUUGGCGAGCUGAACAAGAAGGGAGUGUAUCAGAACACGCUCAUCUUCUCGGGUCGACUGCUUGCAGUCGCCUUCUUCCGGGUCAGAGGUGUGGCAGGCAAGCUUCUGCGAGCGCUACCCAUCAACCGAUUUGCUUUGGAGAGAGUAGCUGGUGAAGCUGGGUGGGAGAAGGUAGUGCCCAAGAGGUUCGAGGAGUACCGCCAAUUGUACCCCGAAUCUCUGAGAGAGUACUGCUUCUUGGAUCCCAGGACGUACCUGAAGGUCCUAGAGACACAGUCCAACAACUCGCGCGCAGAAGAUUCAGACGAAGAGCGUUUUCUGAUCCGACAGGCUGGAGUCGAGGUGGAAAUGACAGGCAAUUGGCUCCGAAGAUGGCAGUCAGAUGAUUCAGAGCUGUUCUUCAGCUUCUGUCGCAGUUUUCAUCGUCAAAUGGCGAGUCUGUUCGCCUCGAGCAAACGGCUGCGGAGGGUCGGCAAGCUUUUUUUUGGUGCGCCAGGAUAUGCGCACUUGGCCACUUGCAUUCACCUCAAGUGUCUGUCCCUGGUGAAUCGAGACAUCCUCUCAGUGACUACGCUCUCAUCGCAAAAGAACUUCAAUCCUGGGGAGACGGCCAAUGUCCUCUCGGGCAGUACUGCCGGAAAGCCUCGUCACCUCGAAGCUGCCAAUCGAAGAUGCACAGCCAUCAUUGUGGAUAUUGUGCGGGCUCCUUCUCGCAACAAUGACGUCUUCCUCCCAAUGCUCGAUGUGCACAUCAAAUGUCUCGUCAAGCGAACGUCUUUAUACGACGUGCAAGGCGUCUUCUGUCUGCUGGAUUGGCUCGAUGGCGUCCUGAAUCAUAUGGAGGGCGCUGAGCUGCCAGUGGAGGGAAACAUCGACAUCGAUUUUAUCAUUACCACUCUCUCCCUCUUGCUACAAAAUGCAGACCAUGCUCUCGCGCUCAUGCGGACGAUCGCCUUCUCCUACUCGAACUUUGCGCUGCUCAUCAGCACAGCGGAGCAUCGUCGGCGCUUCUGUCAAGAGAUUCUCCUAGAUCGCAAAGUCUUCCACAAGCUCUUCCUCUCCUGGUCCUUCACCAUCCGAGCCUACUUUCUGCACCUGCUAGUAUUCAGGCUGGCCAGAAUCAGUGACUUCGAAGUGCCACUCGGCGAUCCCAAGGGUAAGAUCGCAGUCGAGGUGGCAGUCACCUUCAAUCAGAGGCUAGACGAGAUCAGGAAGAGACACAAUGAGCUCUUGCCGGACUCUAGUGAGGGACUCACCAGCGAUGAAGAGGAAGAGGAGGUCGAUGACGACAGAAAAGAUGGUGAUACGUCAUCGACGUAUAGUCGUCUCAGUCGUCGCCCCGCUUCCUUUGUCAGUACGAUUCGGAAGACGCCGUCAGUCCACCAGGUUGAAUCUCCGGCCAAUGGCAUGACAAAGGCGGAGCGGGUCCUCGGCAUAGGCCUUCCAGACAACGUCCUUGCAGGGGGCAAAAGCCCCAACGGCGGAAAGUCCAAGUCAAGGGCCGCGCAGUGGUUCAGAUCCCUCAGCAAAGGAAGCAAAGGUCACAGUUCUGAUAGUAAAGGAGGCAUUGGUGGCUCUUCCCCUUUCGCAGGUGUGGACAAUCCUACCAUCUCGAACCAACCUCGCCUAAAGCCUGACGCUUUUUCGCACCUCGAUCUCGAUGAUGAUGACGACGACGAUGACGACGAUGACGACGAGGGAGGCUACAAUGAUGACUCAAGCAAUUUUGACGAUGAUGCCAAUGGUGUCAUCCGCAGGGCGCCGCUCGGGUCGCGAGGUGCGCAGAGCGAGUACGAGUUCGACUUCGCUUCGCCAAGAGCAGCGGCAACGGCUGCAGCCAUGGCAGAGAGCAAGAGCAGUACGAGCGGCCGUCGCGCUUCGGUGGAUGGAGUUACAGUGUCCUCGCCUGCCACGGGGGCCAGUGCAGCAGAAGCUGCUAUGCUGGGCUCGGACCAGAGCGGAAGCGACACGAUCUUCGAUCUGCAAAAUCCCACGCUGCAAAAUCCACCCCAGGCUGCAGUGGAUGCUGCCAACGCCCACAGCAGCAGCGCUGGCAAUGGCGUCACGCCCACUCGGCGGCAGACCUCGUCCAAUCGCAUGUCGCGCUCCUUUUCGCGUCGCACCUCCAUUCUCCCUGGUCCCGCCUGCGACCUAAUGGAGAGUGCCGACGGUACGCUGCACGACCCAGACGAUUCGACAGGCUCCGACGACUUCGCCACUGCUUCGUCCUCUGUGCCACAACAGUACCUCCUGCAGCAGCAGCAAAAGGCGAAGGAGGAUACGGCAUAUGCGGAGAGACUGCACGUCUAUGCUACCCAGGGGCUGAGAGAAUGGGAGGCGGUCCUCGCUGAGCACGACGAGUUCUUUGCUUCCAUUGCGGACCAGAAUAAGCUUGCGGCAGUGCCGCGCUUGCCCGUACAGUGGCCGGCUAUGUGGAGCGAUUAACCACGAGCCAAUGCCGCCGAACCUCGAUGGCGCAAUGCUUCUCCUCUUUAGAUAUUCUCAUUCCCCCCGAUGGGCCGGCUCGUCGACAUCCUUUCCACCUCGAAAGCACAAAAGCACUCAUCAAGCAUAUGACUUUGCACCUCUAAUCACCCACUCUGCCCCUUUCUCGCAUCCUAAUUUCUCCUUUCUCCUCCUC